UAGUUUACCAUCUCUUCUCUUGACAGAAAUCCUUCUGUCUGUAUCAAAUGCUCUUCCUUCUGUCCUUGGUACUUUUAUUUUGAAGAAUGGUGACAGAUUAUGAAGUUUUAGUGAAUGAAUACCAAAUGUACAUACAAUUAUCAGGCCCAUCAAAUAUAAGAUAUUGGGUAAUAACUUCUUCUUUGAGCUAUCUUGUUUUCAAUAUCUUCCUCCACCCAUUCAAAAGCAAAUGAAACAAAGGGUUGUUUGCAAGGAAAGAAUGUUCAUCAUCAAUCAGGCUUGUUCUCUAGUGCCAGCUUUGAUGAGUUGCUGAAGAUUAUUGUACAACAACGUGGAUGAAUUUGAAGAAGCAAAAGGGUUGUUUAAGCACUAAACUGCCAAGUAGAUAGUAAAGACCGGCCAGCUACCUUUCUUGAACACUUUGUUUGCAUCAAGAAUAGGAGUGGACCAGUGGGAGCCAUUGCGCAAAAAACCAAAUUUAGUCAAGCAAAGUUCAAUUAUAAGGAUCCCUUGAUCUCUGCUUCCUGUGGCAGGUUCAAUGUUCAAUAGAGAAGAUGUCGAAGACUGUAACUAUAGUUGGAGGUGCUAUGGGGGCACUUGCAUUUCUGGCAAUGGUAAUUGGAUUCAUUUGGUUCUGCAAGUCACAAAAUAAGAACUUUUCGAAUAGAAACUCUGAUACAGGUUCCUCAGAUCCUUCUGCACGAGCCGAGUGGAAUAGAGGAGUUGGGCCAAGUUCUGCAGCUGGAUUUUCUUUAUUCGGAACUCAGGGAAGAAGGUUCACAUUGGAGGAGUUGGAGCAGGCUACCAAACAAUUCAAUGCAGGUAAUCUCAUUGGACAUGGGAGUUUUGGUUCAGUGUAUAAAGUUUUGCUUCGUGACACUGUAGUAGCUAUUAAAAGACGUCAAGGAGCUCCCCAGCAGGAGUUUGUUGCGGAGGCAAUUUAUUUGUCAGAGAUUCAACACCGUAAUUUAGUUACUCUUCAAGGCUACUGCCAGGAAAGUGGAUCACAGAUGUUGGUCUAUGAAUAUUUACCAAACGGCAGCAUGUGCAAUCACCUAUAUGAUUCUAGAAUGGAGUCAUCAACUAGAUUAGAGUUCAAGCAGAGGCUAUCCAUAGCACUGGGGGCGGCCAAAGGUUUAUGUCAUUUGCAUGGCCUGAAACCUCCAUUAGUACACAGGAAUUUCAAAACAGCCAAUGUCUUGGUUGAUGAGAACUUCAUAGCUAAGGUCGCCGAUGCUGGGGUCUGGAACCUACUUCAAAGGAUUGAGGAAGGAGGUCCAUCUUGCACGGCUAGUGUCACUGUUUUUCAAGAUCCAGAGGCAGAAGCAUCAGGGACCUUCACUGAAAUGAGUGAUGUUUACAGCUUCGGGGUAUUUCUUUUGGAGCUCAUAACUGGACAGGAGGCUGUGCAUAUGGAUUCCUUGGUAUCCAACGAAAGUUUAAUAGAAUGGGUACGAUCACGGUUGAGUUCAGACAAUUUUGUGGACCAUCGACUGGUUGGAAGCUUCACCAUGGAAGGAAUCAGGGACAUGAUCAGGCUGACAUUACAAUGCAUGACUUUUCCAGCAAAAUGCAGGCCCAGAAUGGACAAAGUUGUGCUUCUGCUUGAACAGAUUCAUGAGAAAGAGAUGGCACUGACAACAGUGAUGGGUGAAGGUACUGCUACAAUUACUCUAGGCAGUGAGCUGUUUGCUUCUUCAAAAUAGAGAGAUUCCUUGAUACAUUUGAGCUAAAAGUUAAGCCUAAUAAACUCAUCAACAAAUUUUAGGGCCUUUCUGCCUUAUUUGUUUUUGGUGUGGCAGGGGAUUCAUUCAGGGAUUGGGAUUCCAUUAAAGUACUGAAAUGUAACAUCUCACCCAAAUGGGUGGUCUGGGGUUUAAUUAUUGGGGACCAUGGGAUUUAUGUCAAUAUAAAUUGUAAAUAAAAAGAUAUGAAAUGUAACUAUGAUUUCAAAAAUAAAUGAUAACA